GUGACGCAAAGACGCGCUGGAGGCCGGAUAUAAUCCUUUUCGUUUUUACUUCACGCGUCUGUAACGAUGGCUGAUACCGCUGUUGUGGACGGAGACACCAAAAUCAGCAAAAAGUCUGUUCGAUAGCUGGAGUAGCCAUGCUCACUUUAUUUAGAGCUGCCAGGCAGCAGGUUUGCCAAAUGUGCAGGUUCGGGGUUCAGAGGGUGAAGGUUGCCUUCCCAGACAUGGUCGUUUUCCCUUCUAUCCAAGGGAAUCGCUGGCGAGGUGACAAAAGUGAGCUAAAGCGCCGGCUGAAAGCUGAAAAGAAAGCUGCUGAGAAGGAGACGCGUCUCAAAGAUAAUACAGAGCAGAAGGAGACAAAUGAGAAGACUGAGCAGAACCUCUAUGCAGCUGAUGAGGAAAAUUUGGAUCCCAAUCAAUAUUAUAAGAUCCGCACUCAGGCUAUCCAGUUGCUGAAGGGCACUGCAGAGGACCCCUAUCCACACAAGUUUCAUGUAGAUUUAUCGCUUACUGAGUUUAUUGACAAGUACAGACAUUUGGAUCCAGGAGAUCACCUUACAGAUGUUACCCUUAAUGUGGCAGGUCGCAUUCAUGCUAAACGUGCAUCAGGAGCCAAGCUACUUUUCUAUGAUCUGCGUGGUGAAGGAGUUAAGCUGCAGGUUAUGGCGAACUCUAGAAACUAUAAAUCUGAAGAGGAGUUUGUUCACAUAAAUUCAAAACUACGACGUGGUGAUAUCAUAGGAGUACGGGGAAAUCCAGGCAAAACAAAAAAGGGAGAGCUCAGUAUUAUUCCUAAUGAAAUGACCUUACUGUCUCCAUGCUUACAUAUGCUGCCACAUCUCCAUUUUGGGCUUAAGGACAAGGAGACACGAUACAGACAGCGGUAUUUGGAUCUAAUCCUGAAUGACUUUGUUAGGCAGAAGUUCAUUGUCCGUGCCAAGAUCAUUUCUUACCUGCGAAGUUUUUUGGACCAGCUAGGCUUCUUAGAGAUUGAGACACCAAUGAUGAAUCUCAUUCCUGGGGGUGCAGUGGCUCGGCCAUUUGUUACAUAUCAUAAUGAGCUGGAUAUGAAUCUUUAUAUGAGAAUUGCUCCUGAGCUCUACCACAAGAUGUUGGUGGUUGGUGGAAUUGACCGAGUCUAUGAAGUGGGACGGCAAUUUAGAAAUGAAGGGAUUGACCUUACCCACAAUCCAGAGUUUACCACUUGUGAAUUCUACAUGGCCUAUGCAGAUUAUAAUGAUCUUAUGGAGAUUACAGAGAAACUCCUUUCCGGAAUGGUCAAGCACAUUACAGGUGGAUAUAAACUGAAGUAUCAUCCAGAUGGACCUGAAGGAGAAUGCUUUGAAAUUGACUUUACCCCCCCUUUUAAAAGAGUGAGCAUGGUGUAUGACCUUGAAAAAGAACUGGGAGUCAAAUUCCCUCCAACAGAAACUUUUGACAGUGAUGAGACUCGCAAAUUUUUUGAUGAUCUUUGUGCUCAGAAAGGAGUUGAGUGUCCUAUGCCAAGAACCACGUCCCGUUUGCUUGAUAAGCUUGUUGGUGAGUUCCUUGAAGUUACCUGUAUCAGCCCAACUUUCAUCUGUGAUCAUCCUCAGAUCAUGAGCCCAUUAGCUAAAUGGCACAGAUCCCAGAAGGGAUUGACUGAACGAUUUGAGCUCUUUGUAAUGAAAAAGGAAAUCUGUAAUGCAUACACUGAGCUGAAUGACCCAAUUAGACAGAGAGAGCUCUUUGAGCAGCAAGCCAAGGCAAAAGCAGAGGGUGAUGAUGAAGCAAUGUUCAUCGAUGAGAAUUUCUGUACUGCUCUAGAAUAUGGACUGCCUCCCACUGCAGGUUGGGGCAUGGGAAUUGACCGUCUUGCAAUGUUCUUCACUGACUCGAACAACAUUAAGGAAGUGUUGCUUUUCCCGGCGAUGAAACCAGAUGACAACAAACCAGCACCACCAGCUGAAGGGACCUCCGUGUAACUGAACAGUACCUCAUAAUCAUCACUGGAAUGCGUCACAGCAGAGAUUAUUUUUUUGCUAUAUGAAGAUUGCUUAAUUUUACAAUGUGUUUUCUGUCAGAUCCAUGGUAAUGAUUUGUCUGAUUACCUACUUUUUAAUUUACUAUUGAAACAGUGAUUUAAUAAAUAAGAUAAUAUGCUGAUAAUAAGCCUGUUGCAUUUGUGGGGGUAGGUUCAAAUCUAAAUGGGUUUUGUUAUCAACAUCUGUGUUACCAUUGUAGAUCAAGAACAUACUUGAUACUUUAAUAACCUUACAAGUUACAAAAGAAAACGUAAAUGAAAAGUCACAAUUUCUUCUGAUGGUUCCAGGUAAUUUGUACGCCAGCCAUAAAUCUAAAUGUAUUUUUCUCAA